AUCUUUUUUACAACAUCAUGAAGAAAACGCUUUUAAAAUUGCAAUGGCAGUAAAUGCUCCUCUUGACCUAAAAUCCUAUCUUCGAUAUGUUGACGAUAGUCAUGCUAGAUUUUCUAACGCUCAAGAAGCAGAACAAUUCCUAAUUAUCUUGAACAAACAACACCCUGCAAUACAAUAUACAAUCGAAAUUGAAAGUGAAAAUAGAACUCUAAACUUCCUCGAUUUAACCAUAGUAAAUAACACCAAAGGUAAAUACGAGUUUAAAGUUUACAGAAAGGACGCCAUUACAAAUAUUCAAAUUAAACCUCACUCAAAUCAUGACCCCAAAAUUCUAAACGCAAUAUUUAAAGGUUACGUUCACAGAGCUUACUCUAUAUGCAGUGAUUUAUAUUUAGAAGAUGAAAUUAGUUUCCUAAUUCACGUAUUUAAAGAGAAUGGAUACAACAUAUGUCAACUUACACGCAUUGCAAACUUAAUCGGAAAUAAACGGUCCAUAAAAAGCAACAAAAUUCAAUCAGGUCCUUUUAAUCUCCCUACUGUAUCAUUACCGUGGAUACCAUCACUAUCCCCAAAAUUAAGGAAAAUAUUUCGGAAAGUUGGCUAUAAAGUAGUCUUCAAAUCAAAUCCUAAUUUAAGAACACUUUUAACAUCAAAAAACAAAACUAAAUUGCCACAAAAUAGUCAACCCGGAAUUUAUCUAAUUGAAUGUGAAUGCUCAAAGAGAUACGUAUGCGAAACCAAACUUCAAAUUAGGACUCGAAUUCAACAACAUCAAAAAAGUUUAAACGAGGGGAAACAUUAUCAGUCGACAAUAGCCACCCAUAAUAAGUUUUGCUCACAAGAAAUAAAGUGGGAGGAUGUUAAAACAAUUAAAGUGGAAACAAAAAAGUUUGAUCGAAAAGUGCGCGAAGCUCUUGAAAUACAGAGGUAUCAAUGUUCUCCUUUAAAUGGUGGCAUUAAUCUAGAUAACGGGCAAUUUGUUAAAACUAAAUUUUGGACUCCGUUUUUUACAUUUUUACGUAAGCAAGAAAGAAGCCAUUCAAUUGCUGACGUCAGUUAG